AUUUGACAUUAACUAUGUUUAGUUUCUUGAAUUAAUUUGUGUUUUCAUGAUUGGUGGAGGAGGUGGAUGUUUCAUUGUCUCUCUCUACUUUCCCUCUCUUAUUACUAAUUAGUGAUCAUUGCCCUCUUUUAAUUCAAGCUUUUACACUGAUUUUGUCUGUAAUUUCUUGUUUGUUUGGUAAGAUGAAAGAUUCAAACUUUUUCUUUCUUUCUUUCUUUUUCUUACCCUUUAUGACACCAUUUUUAAAUUGGUUUCCCUACUGAGAUGCCUUUUUGUCUUGUAAUACAGUUCCUCACGAGCUUCUGUCAGGAUAAAUUUUUUCAUUUCAAAAAAAUAAAUAUAAUAUAUAAUAAACAAUGUUUAUCACUCCACUAUUUUAAGGUUUGUUGCCAUUUGUAAUAACCCAUUUUCCUCCACACUCUUAUCUCUCUGCUCCCACCAUGUAAGAUAGAUUCCAAGUGUCUCUCUCACAGUUUCACACUUUACUGUGUGUAAAAAAAAAAAAAGAUUCAAUUUUUAUACUUAUAAAAAAUUCUGUUAUCUUCUCUGUGUAAAGAAAGAAAGAAAUAAAAAGAGAUGGGAAAAGCUACACGGUGGUUGAGGGGGCUGCUCGGAAUGAAGAAAGAUAAAGAAAAUGUGGAGACCAAUUCAAACGGCGGCGAUAAGAAGGACAAGAAACGACGUAGUUUUGCUGAGCCGAGGAAAGAUUCAGUCGGGUUGAGCAAGAUUCCUCCCGGGAAUAUUCCGGCGAGUGACUCGCCGUGGCUGAGAUCUAGUUACUUCACCGACUCGGAGAAGGAGCAGAACAAACACGCGAUUGCUGUCGCCGCCGCCACCGCUGCCGCCGCUGAUGCGGCGGUCGCCGCCGCUCAUGCCGCCGUGGCGGUGGUCAGGCUCACCAGCCAGGGGAAGGGUGGUGGUGCUCUGUUUAGCGGCGGCGGCGGCAGAGAGAAAUGGGCUGCUGCAAGGAUUCAAUCCGUUUUUAGAGGCUAUUUGGCCCGAAAAGCAUUAAGAGCGCUAAAAGGGCUGGUGAAAUUGCAAGCCCUUGUUAGAGGGUACCUUGUGAGGAAGCGUGCAGCUGCAACUCUCCACAGCAUGCAGGCCCUUUUUCGGGCCCAAACUUCAGUUCGGGCCCAACGGGCCCGCCGCUCGAUCAAUACCGAAUCUCGGGCAAGAAAUUCUACCGAGAGCGAAUUCCAUAGCAAGAGGCUAUCAUCGUCUUACGACUCGUCCGUCAACAACAACUCGUACGACGAAAGCCCGAAGAUAGUUGAAAUCGACACGUGCGGGGCCCACAAAUCGAGGUCUCGUAGAAUGACCACCAACAACUCCUGCAUGUCGGAACACAGCGACGAUCAGUACUACCAAAUCCCCGCCCGUCUGUCGAUCCCCGAUUGCCGCCACCUCCAAGAACUCCAAGAAUUCGACUGGGGGUACGUUCGGGAGGAUUACAAAUUCCCCACCGCCCAAAAUACCCCUCGGUUCGCAUGUUCGGGCCGAGCCCACGCUCCGGCCACCCCCGCUAAGAGCUUGUGUGGGGACCACUUCUUUAGGCCGUACUCGAAUAGUAACUGCCCUAGCUACAUGGCGAACACGCAGUCGUUCAGGGCAAAGUUGAGGUCGCACAGCGCCCCACGACAGAGGCCCGAUGUGGGCCCAAAGAAGAGGCUCUCGUUGAACGAGAUAAUGGCGUCGAGGACUAGCUUUAGCGGUGUUAGAAUGCAUAAAGCUUGUUCUCAAGUCGAAGAGGACUUGGAAUUUUAACUGUUUUUUUUCUUUUAAUUUUUUUUUAAUUAUCGCAUAGAUUAGUCGUUUUUAAUUUUAUCCGUAGAGAAUGGAACAAUUUAAGAUCUUCUCUAUGUUUUUUUUGUCUAUGUUUAUGUUUGACAAGUGAAGAAAUAGAAGAAGAGUGCUUGGUGUAUAUUACAU